UAUUCUUGGACAAAUGUGGCAUUUAGAAGUUGGUGACACAUUAAAAGCUUUUCCUCAAUUACAGGAAGAGUGUUUUUUCCCUCUGUGAUUAGUCAGCUGACAGAAAAAUGAUAAUUUCAAUCAGUUUUCAAACAAAAAAGUCAAAAAUUCUGAGCUUUUCGGGUUGCAGCUUCUCUGAUGUUUGUCAUUGUCACUUUAGGUGUUAAAAUUUGGGUUUAAAAAACCUCUUAAAGAUGAUGCUUGUGAUUACUGCAAAUUUGUGAUUAAGAAACACAAUUGAGAGACCCCUAAACAAAUCUAAAAUUAAAUGUGAAGUGAGCUGUAAAGCAAAUAAAAAUUUGUAAAAUGCAAAACACAAAAUCACUAAAACAUUUAAGGAAAUCAGUUACAAUGAGAGGUAAAACAACCAAAAAGACAAAAAGACCUAAAAUAAAACAAUAAAUCUAUAUAAAUGAAGGUAAGCUGAUCUAUAAAGGGCAGGAAAACCACUAAAAAUACAUAAAAUAAUGAAAGAAACAUGGAGCAAAACGCAAAAUGACAAAAAAUGUAAGUCAACUGACGAAAAACAUGGAUUGACAAAAAAUUGCAUAUUUUGAAAGACGACAACAAAUCACAAAAUCACAAAAAAAUUACGUAAAUGACUCCAAAGACACUUAAAACAACUAAAAAACUAAAUGACAAGAAAUAUAGACUCCCAUAAUCACACAACAAUAGUAAAUGACUAAAAAAAAUUUUAAAAAAAACAUAGAAUGACUUAAAAAAAAGAAGAAACAGACUCAUAAUAUAAAAAUAUAGGUAAACUAACUAAAAAGAGACACAAUGCAUUAAAUGAUUAAACAAAAAAGAAAUAAGAACUCUCAAAAUAAAAUACUAAAAUGAGCAAAAUAAUUAAAAAGAGACACAGAGCAACUAAAAAUACAUAAAAUAACAAAAAACUAAUAAAACUAGAAACAAAAACUCUCAAAAUCACUAAAAAAAAAUGUGCAUAAACCAAGUAAAGACAUGUAAAACAAAAUGACUAAAAACAAACAAGAAUCAAAGGCUCUUAAAAUAAAAUUUCAGAAAAAUGCAGUAACUUAAGAGGUGAAAAACAAAUAAAAAUACACAAAGUAACACAAAGAAACAAGAAACAAAUACCCUCAAAAUCAUAUUUUACUCAUGUAAGUAAAGUGCUAGAGAUGUAGAGCAACUAAAAAUACAUAAAAUAGCCAAAGAAACUAGCUAAAAAGAUACUCAAAAUCACUUAAAUCUUAACUAAAGAGAUGUUAAAAAUCUAAAAAAAAAAAAAAUCUAAAUGACUAUUAUGACUGACAAAACAAAAAGACUCCCAAAAUCACAAAAAAUAUGGGUAAAUUUACUAGAAAUAGACACAGAGCAAGUAAAAUAAAUAUAAAAUAACCAAAGAAACUAGAAACAAAGUCAAAAUCAUUGAAAAGAAGAGAUAAAAUGACUAAAAAUAGACAUAAUACAACUAAAAAUGCAUGGAAUGACUGAAUUCACAAGAGACAAAGGCUUAAAAAAUGUUUAAAUAAAUUUUUAAAAAACUACAUAAAAUGACUCAAACUAGAAGAAACAAAGAGUCAAAACCACUAAACAUAACUAAAGCUACCAGACAGGUGUAAAAACAAUAAAUAUGCAUAAAAUGACUAACAAAACAAAACAAAACAAAACAAAACAAAACAAAACAGAGACUCUCAAAAUCAUUAAAAAAUAUUGGUAAAAUUACUAGAAAUAUACAUAGAGCAACUAAGACCACAUAAAAUACAUUAAGAAACUAGAAAGUUGCUCAAAACCACAAAAAACAACUAAUGAGGUCUAAAGACAACAAAAAUACAUAAAAUGACAAAAAAACAAGAAACAAAAGUGCUCAGAAUGACUAAAAAUUUACUAGCUGAAAAGAUGUAAAACAAAAAGUGCAAGAAAAUGAUGACAGAAACAGGAAACAAAGACUCAAAAUCACUAAAAUUAGGAUGUAAAAUGACUAAAAAAAGUGACGUAAAACAACUGAACACACCUUAGAUUCUACAAACUUAUGAUUUUCAAAUUUUUACCUAAAUCAUGAUAUAAAACUAAAAGUUUAAAUUCAGUUUCAUUGCAGAACUUAUUUCUCACUGCAUCUUGUUAUUUGUUCUGAUUUGUGUUAUUGUUGAGUGACGUUUAGUCGGUUAUUCUCAGGAGACGCUGAACCGACAUCUGGAGAAUAAUAGCGGUGUCCAUUUUCCCCACUGGGACUGGAAGCCCUGAACGCACCGUGACUCCUUUGAGGCGGCUCCGACUCCUGUCACCUCCUCGUCUCUUUGAACUGCGUUACCCAGAAGCCCCCCGUGGGUGGCCGUGACAGGAAGCCUCAUUUACACGUCCAAACUUAGACUCAAGCAGCAGCGGCGGCUUCAGCGACUCAGACGAAGCAAAGAGGAUGAAAGCUGUGGGAGGACUGAGGGCUAAUUAUCAGCUCUCACUUUAAUGGCGGAGACACAGAAGAAGAAAGGCUGACAGGAAGUGAUCAACAACCUCACAGUGACUCAACAAGCAUGCCCACUAUGGGAGGUCUUAUUGUGUUCCUUGUGUCUUUGCUGCAGCUUAUUAACCCUUCGCUGGCUUAUUCUCUGAAGAACUGCAGCAUUGAUUAUUCUGAUGACCCCUUGGCUGAUGUUUUUGUGAGCUGUUUGAGCCGUAAAUUCGUGACAGUUCCUGCUGACAUCCCCAGAGCUGCCGUCUCAGUGCUGCUCUCAAACAACCACCUGGAGAAGAUCAGCAGAGGAGAUUUUAAUCGCAUGUCAAAGCUGAGAGUUUUACACUUGACGGAUAAUCACAUUGCUCACGUGGAUGAUGGAUCCUUUAUCGAUUUGGUGGUGUUGAGAAAGCUUUACAUGGACCAAAACAAACUCACCAACUUGUCAGCUAGCAUCUUCCAGGGACUGUCCAACCUCACUAUUCUCUCACUCACAAGCAACAAGAUCGAGUUUAUGCAUCCCUCGGCCUUCAGGUUCCUGAGCAGCUUACAGACUCUGCUGCUAGACUCCAACAGUCUCCGACAGAUCAUUGACAUUCACCCUGUCCUGCUGCUGCCACACCUACAUAAUCUAACAAUCGGCGACAACCUGUUUUCCUCUUUUCAAACCAAAGACCUGCCGUUGAACAUGUCCUCUGGCCUGAAGAUGUUGGAUGUUUCCUCCAAACACUUGCAAAAGUUCAGCAUCACUACUCCAAUCUUCCCUCAGAUUCAGGUUAUAAAUUUUUUCCGUUGUGCUAACAACUUGAAAUGGGACAUACCGGACAAAACUUUAGUGAGGAGCAUAACUCAGUUGUAUUUCAAUUCUCCUGGGAUGUCCUUUGUAGAGAUCCAGAAAGUCCUGCAGAGUCUCGACUCGCUGAUGCACCUCAAACUGAAUUACGUGAGCAGGUGGAUUCGGAAAGGUCUGUUAGCUAUGAUCUGCAAAAUACCAAAACUCAGGAAGCUGGAUCUGAGUUACAACCAUCUCCACAACUUUACUGUGAACCUCAUUGCUUGUUCGCAGCUCUCUGAGCUAGACCUGACCAACACUUACCUGACUGAACUACCAAAAGGCUCAGUUGAAUCCAUGAAGCGGCUGACCUCCCUGAUUGUUGGGACCAACUGGCUCACCAAGGUGCCAGAUGACAUUAGGAGCCUUUACUCCCUGGAGAUCCUGGAUCUGAGAGGCAAUCUUAUCUCCGAUUUAAGCUGCGAAGACUUCCUCAACACAACACGCCUCAUGAACCUUUGCCUCAUUGACAAUCGCAUUGCCAAACUGCAGGGGUGUGUCUUUGAACAUCUCAGUGAUCUGAAGGUUUUAGACCUGAGCCAUAACUUGCUGUGGACAUUUGGGGGAACCUUCAAAACAGGCCUUCAGAAGCUUGAGUUCUUGGAUUUGAGCAAAAAUUUUCUAACCAAUCUCCAAAGAGGAGAUUUUCAAGAUUUACGAUCCCUAAAACGUCUGAAUGUGACAUCGGAUUAUAUUUCAAGGGUGAAGCAUAACACAUUUGAUGGACUGAACAACCUCGAAACUCUUCUUCUGUCUCUACCACUCUACUAUGAAAGUAAUUUCAAAGGAUUGCGGCAUUUGGAAAAUCUUACAAUCUACUUUAAAAUUAGAGACACUUUCCAAAAUCCCCCUCCAGCCUGGAAUAAUGAGACCCUCUUCCAUUUAACAUCUAUGAAGGUUUUCAAAGUAGUCUGCAGCGGUGACCACUAUGGCUUACCCUUCGACGUACCAACCGACAUGCUUGAAACGAUGAGACACUUAGAGGACUUUACAGCUAUCAACGUCUAUAUUUCUGCUCCAGAUCCAGAAACCUUCUGGUACAACCCCCGACUCAAGAGUUUAAAGUUGGGUAUGACAGAUUUGUCCAAUCUGGACCCUGGAAUGUUUGACCCAAUCACGAAACUGCAGGCUCUGGAUUUCUCUGAGAGUAACCUUAAAUCUUUGGACUUUCUGGCACAGGCCAACCUUCCCGCCCUCAGAUCUCUGAAACUGAGAGGUAACAAGAUCAUGGUGAUCAAUGAGAUGGUCUUCCAGUCCCUCCCUGCGCUCACAUACUUGGACCUGAACGACAACCCUUUCACCUGUGACUGCUCCAAUGCUGGCUUCAUCCAAUGGGUGAAGAGCAACAACCAAACUCAGGUGGUGAACGCCUAUCAGUACAGGUGCUCCUUCCCAGUAGCCGAACAAGGAAACAUGCUGCUGGACUUUGACAUCCAGACCUGCAGGACGGACAUCAACUUUCUCUGCUUUAUCUCCAGCACUUGUCUGGUUCUUCUGACUCUCCUCAUGUCCUUCAUCUACCACUUUUUGAGGUGGCAGCUGGUCUACACCGUCCACCUCUUCCUGGCCUUCCUGUAUGACAACAGGAAGAGGAAGAAGGGAGCUGCUCAUCACUACGAUGCUUUUGUGUCCUAUAACAUCCACAACGAGGACUGGGUUUUCCAGGAGAUGCUUCCAGUGCUAGAAGGAGAGCAAGGCUGGAGACUCUGUCUGCACCACAGGGACUUCCAACCAGGUAAACCCAUCAUUGAGAACAUCACAGACGCCAUCUACGGCAGCAGGAAGACCAUCUGUGUGAUUAGCCGCCGCUACCUGCAGAGUGAAUGGUGCUCCAGAGAGAUCCAGAUGGCCAGCUUCCGGCUGUUUGACGAGAAGAAGGACGUGUUGAUUCUGCUGUUUCUGGAGGACAUCCCGGCCUGGCAGCUGUCUCCGUACUACCGAAUGAGGAAGCUGGUGAAGAGACGAACUUACCUGAGCUGGCCUCAGGCUGGACAACACCCAGGAGUCUUCUGGCAUAACGUCCGGAGAGCUCUGGAGACAGGAGACGCUCCUGCCGAGAACACCGACCUCCUGACUGGACCGGCAGAACUCUGAGACCGGACCAGCAGGUGAUUUUUAGUAGGACGGCCUGAAGCGAGCGUCCACCUGCAUGUUUUCUUUGGGCCUGUCCUUUAACUUCAUAUGGGCAUUAAUUGUACUUUUCAAAACAUAGCGUAGCCUAGUUUUCUAUGUUGUUAUCUUAAUUAUUAUAGGAAUUAUAUAUUUAUGUAUAUGAAUAUAUACACUGUUGUUCAAAAGUUUGGGGUCACUUAGAAAUGUCCACGCUUGUCAGCCAUCAUUAGGCAGCGUAGACUAGCCCUUGCUGGACAUGUGGUGAGACACAACGAAGCAGCUGGUCAAGCACUGUUAUGAAAACCUGAUACUAUCAGAAGGGCUGGCAGGCCUAGCACAACAUUAAGGAAGGUGCUAGAAGCCACUAGUCUAGAAGGCAAAGAGUGCAAUGUUGGACAGAGGGAGCUGGAGGAAGAACUUUAUUCACGUCAUUGAUUCCAUCAGAUGCAACUCACUUCACUUGAGAAAUGUCCUUAUUUUUGAAAGAGAAGUAGUUUUUUUCAAUGAAGAUAACAUUAAAUUAAUCAAGUCUCAACACUGUUAAUGUGGUAAAUGACUAUUGUAGCUGGAAACAGCUGAUUUUUAAUGGAAUAUCUCCAUAGAGGUACAGAGGAACAUUUCCAGCAACCAUCACUCCUGUGUUCUAAUGCUACAUUGUGUUAGCUAAUGGUGUUGAAAGGCUCAUUGAUGAUUAGAAAACCCUUGUGCAAUUUUGUUAGCACAUGAAUAAAAGUGUGAGUUUUCAUGGAAAACAUGAAUUUGUCUGGAUGACCCCAAACUUUUGAACAGCAGUGUAGUUCUGGGAAUACACUUUACGUGACUUAAGUAAACAAAUCACACUUUUGGCAACAUAUCUCAACAGCUGUGGUGGUAUUUAAAUAUUACAGUUAAAACUGUACAGGAUUUUUAAUCAACCUGACUAAUUUAAAUGUUAAGAUUAGGAACCUACAAUAUUAUACACGGAAAGCUCAGCAAAUCCAAAGAUUCUUUAUAAGCAGCAUUUAAGACACCCAAAUAAACCGGAUGACCAAGGUAAAGCAUAUUGGAUAUUGUUUUUAAACAGGCAGAAUUAUAAUGAAAACUGACUAAGAUCAGCAAGGCAAUAAAAACUAACAGUGGAAGAGACGCAGGCAGCUGUUCCCUUUAUUGUAGAUGGUAUUUUAUAAAAGUUGAAGUAAGUUCUUGUUUCAUCGGCAGUUGGACCAACUUGAGUUUUUUGGUCAGUUGUUCCGUCAGAAUUUAACCCCUGCAGUGAGGAUGAUGUCCCCCACAGAUUGUUUCAAUGUAUACAAGUUGCUCAUUAACCCAAACUGUGAUGUGUAUCAUGCAUAUGAAGCUCUUGGAAUUAUUAGAUUAUCUCUCAAUUCCCCUGCAGUUUUUCUCACAGCUAAGUGUAUCAGUGAGGACAUGAAUUCUCUGAGAUGUUCAAUUUUCCAACAGUCUUUGAACUAAUUAUGUCUGGGGUGCAGUUCGGUUGUUACAGUGAAUUAAAUCUCAUCUUAAAAUUGUAAUAUGUAAUCAAAACCAUUUUUAUUCUACAUACCUCAUCUAAAAAUUUGCCAAAAAUAAACUCUUCGCUCGUACCAGAGUUUGUAAAAGCACAAAAAAUUCUGCACUCCUCGGUGCUACUAUGAAGCCAUUAGUGACUGAACUGCAGCAAACAGACGUGAAAAAAAUUCACCUACUUUUCAGCUUAACUGCGGGUUGUGUUGAAAUAAAAUAUCUCUAGGAUGUAGUGCUGCUUCAUAGAGGACUAAAAAUGAGCCCACAGUGAGCAAAAAAUCUGACGGGAGCAAAAAAUGUUUGGAAUGCAAAGGGUUAAAGCAUUAUGAUUCAUUUUAUUUCAGUUUUAUUUCAACAAGAUCACUAUAACAUGAAAAAAAUGCUUUUCAAAAUAAUGUAUGUAUUUAUUGUCGCACAUUUUCAUGAAAAUAUAUGUAUUAAGUGAUUUCAGCUUUUAACAUGAGUAAAAGUUCAUAUUAUAACAAGAACAAUGAUAAUGAUAACAGCAACAAUAGUAAUAAUAACAAUAAUAAUUACUAUUUUUUUCUAUUUUUUUUUACAAGUAAAGUAAAUAGCAUUUUUCUUUGUUACAUUACUAAGUGCUUAAUUGUUUUUAUUUUAUUUUUUAAAGGCAGAUACAGUAAAAGAAAAAAUAAAGCCAAAAGACAUGAGGAUUGGAAAACAGUAAAAUUAAUCAGAUCAAAUAAUUAGGAUUUUUUUUCAAAAGCAUAGUAAAAAUUCAAUUUAAAAAAUAUUUUAGGAUAGGCUUUAUCUUUUAUUUUAAAUAAAUUACGAUGAAGUGUGUUCACUGAAAAUAUUUAACCUGCUGCUUUGUGUGCAUUAGUGUGCUAAACUGUGUAAUAACUAUUGCUAUACUUAAUAAAGUAGUGCUGCUGCUGUUUGUAACAAUUCUUAUAAAUUAAUUAGUUUAAUGAAAUAUUAAAUAAGCCGUAUUAAAUCAUGACUCAUUUGCUUAUUCUAGUGGAUUAUUUAAUUGUAAUUAUUCCAAGAGCUCAUGUGUUUAUUGUAUUUUUUAGUUAAUUAAAUGCAAAUGAACUGUUGUGUGUAACUUU